CACACACACACACACACACACACAUCCCACCGCUGCCAGAAUCUUCUGUGCUUCUGUAGCCCAGUGGUUAUUGUACCUGCCUUACAGAUGACAGAGUUCAGAGUAGAAACAAAGAAGUAUUCAGCUGUAGAGUAUAAUACCUGUCAUGUACUGCGAGUUUAUAAAAAGCCUAUAAUUAGAGGCUGUAUUUUUCUUUUAUCUUGUCAAACCACUAUUUUUUCUUCCGGUGAAAACUCUUUCUUAUUUUUUUUAACAAAGUCUGAGAGAAAACUGUUAUAUUUUCCCCUGAAGUUGCAUCAACACGAGGAGCCGAAGACGGAUAAGGUCAGACGGGCUGUGGACAUCAAAGUCUGGCACAUACUAUGGCCUCCAACCCCAGACCUUUGAAGGUUUAGUAUUCACCACAAACAACAGAUCAAUACCGCUGGACACGAGUGGACAGGAGUGAGAAGGAACGGGGCCAGGAACCACAGCUUUGGUCCAGGAACCACAGCUUUGGUCCAGGAACCACAGCUUUGGUCCAGGAACCACAGCUUUGGUCCAAACCAGGAGGUUUAUUUCUCUGUUGUUGUUGUUGUUCAUUUCACUUAGAGACAGUAAUGUCACAUAAAAUCCACAGGUGGUUAACUGUGAGGACCAGCAGGGGGACAUGUGUGUUAAAUUACACUCUGCCUCACACACACACACAGACAGACAGACACACACCAUCCAUCAGCAGUCAGAGGAGGUCUCACUCUGCUGCUAAAUCAGUCAACCAAAAUACCCAGAGGAGCUGUGAUCAAUAGCUGUGUGUGUGUGUGUUCAUCGAAUUCUAUCUUUGAUUGAUUCUUACACACACACACACAUACAUAAAACUUAAACUAGCUAGAUUAUUGGUUUUGUGACGUCACACGUGCCAGGAAUUGUUGGUUGAUUUCUGUCAUCAAUCACUGUGAGCUAAUUGUUGUGUCCCCUCGUGAUUAGUGUUGAUGGUUACGGGGACACCUGAUCACAUGGUUCCUGUUACAACCCGAGCCGUGCGUAAAGGCGGAGUCAGCGGGGACGCGCCUCCAACCACAGACAGACAGACACGAGAGAGAGAGGGAGAGAGAGAGAGAGAAGAGAAAGGGAGCUUUAGUUGACAUUUCGUGACAAACCGCGUCUUCUUCCUGUGGCUGAACAUCUCUCUCUCUCUCUCUCUCUCUUUGUUGUUCUUUUCCCGUUCGGCUCAGUUCGGCUCAGUUCGGCUCGGUGAACACCUCCCGUCCGUCUGGAGCUGCAGGAGCAGCGCGGUGAGACACCGGGACGCAGCAGCAGCAGCAGCAGCGUGAACCGCCGAACUUCAGGCUGCGGUGCCCGCAGCGGCUGAUGUACAGGGUCCGCCUUUUUGUGUGGAACUCCAAGUCCUAAACUUGUUGCUUGUGAAAGAAACGGUCUGAGUCGUUAUAACCUGUGAGUUUUUAAGUACUUUUUCCACUUUUGCUGCUCUUUGGUUUCGCGCGUCAGUUUUCCUGCGUAGAAAAACUCCGUUUGGUGUUUCCUCCACCUGCUGCCCGGCUCUCUCUCCUCUCCCCCCGCAUGUUUUUCCUGCUCCUCACGGCUCUGUGAACCGCAGCAGCAGCAUCAUGGCUGGAGUCGCGGCGUGGCUGCCCUUUGCCCGGGCUGCAGCCAUCGGCUGGAUGCCGGUGGCCCGGGCGCCGAUGCCGUUCCCGCCGAGGGAGAAACGGCGGGAACAGGGCUCGCUGAUCAUACUGAACGUGAGCGGCACAAAGUUCCAGACGUGGCGGGACACAUUGGAACGGUACCCGGACACCCUGUUGGGCAGCACCGAGCGGGACUUUUUCUUCCACGAGGAGACCAACGAGUACUUCUUCGACCGCGACCCGGAUAUUUUCCGACACAUUCUAAAUUUCUACCGCACAGGGAAGUUGCACUACCCGCGCCAGGAGUGCAUCUCAGCGUUUGACGAGGAACUGUCCUUCUUUGGUAUCAUUCCAGAGAUCAUUGGUGACUGCUGCUACGAGGAAUACAAGGACCGCAGGCGGGAGAACCAGGAGCGGAUCCAGGACGACGAGGAGGAUGAGCAGAGCAAUGAACUGUCCACCCAGGACUUGAACUUCCGAGACACCAUGUGGCGCGCCUUUGAGAACCCCCACACCUCCACCAUGGCUUUGGUUUUCUACUACGUCACCGGUUUCUUUAUCGCGGUGUCGGUUAUGGCCAACGUGGCUGAGACGGUUCCCUGCGGUGCGAUGCUAAACCGCGUCAAGGAACUAUCGUGUGGUGAGCGGUAUGCGUUGGCCUUCUUCUGCCUGGACACGGCGUGUGUCAUGAUCUUCACGGUGGAAUACCUGCUGCGCCUCUUCGCGGCACCGAGUCGCUUCAAGUUCGUCAAAAGCGUCAUGAGCGUCAUCGACGUGGUGGCCAUCAUGCCGUACUACAUCGGUCUGGUCAUGACGGACAACGAGGACGUCAGCGGCGCCUUCGUCACCCUGCGGGUUUUCCGGGUCUUUAGGAUCUUCAAGUUCUCGCGGCACUCUGCUGGACUUCGUAUCCUGGGCUACACGCUGAAGAGUUGUGCGUCCGAACUGGGCUUCCUGCUUUUCUCGCUGACCAUGGCCAUCAUCAUCUUCGCCACCGUCAUGUUCUACGCAGAGAAGGGUUCCAGCGGCAGCACCUUCAGCAGCAUCCCCGCAGCCUUCUGGUACACCAUCGUCACCAUGACCACACUGGGAUAUGGUGACAUGGUCCCAAAGACCAUCAUGGGGAAGAUCUUUGGCUCCAUCUGCUCGCUGAGCGGCGUUCUUGUUAUCGCUCUGCCCGUGCCUGUCAUCGUCUCCAACUUCAGCCGCAUUUAUCACCAAAGCCAGAGGGCGGAGAAGAGGCGAGCACAGAAGGCAUCAAAGGAGGCGGGACAGGCGCUCGUGUGUAAAACCAAUCAGAACAUUGACGUACACCGCCAUCACCUGCUGCACUGUCUGGAGACGACCACGAACCACGAGUUCGUGGACGAGAAGACGUACGAGGCCGGCUACCGGGAGGUGAUGCUGGCCAAGCAGGUUUCCUCCGCCUCCGCCUGCUCCUCUCCUCAUGGCCUCACGUCCUGCUGCUCACGACGCAAGAAGCAGGAGACGUACAAGGUCCCCAACUCCAACAUGUGUGCCGGCCUCCAGGACAGCAUCCAGGAGCUGAGCACCAUCCAGAUCAGAGAGAGACCGCUCACUAACAGUCGUUCCAGCCGAUCCAGUCUGAACGCCAAGUUUGAAGAGACCGUUCCUCUGAACUGCGAGAACUUCCUCACCGCCGCCGUCAUCACCGUGCCCACGCCACCUGCCACGACUCCCGAAGGCGAGGACUCCGCCCAGGCUAACGUAGUUCGAGUGUCAGCCCUCUAGGUAACACCAACCUCCUCUCGAACACGGUAAUAAAACCCACCAGCAGGGGGCUCAGCUGAGUGAUGUUGAUGUUCACAGUCAAAGUGAUGCUAGUUCAGGCGCUCAGUUGGUUCACUCAUGGAAGGAAGGAUGUCAUUGGUGAAGGCGCGUCAGCAAACGCUACCUUGGUUUUCCAACAUUUUUUUUUUUUUAAAACACAAAAGACUGAUAAUAAUGUAGCUUUGUGACUUUUUACCUGAUUUUAAAGAAGUCCUCAGUCUUACUAGCAUCUCAGCACAGAGGAAUUCUGGGUACAUUAUAUGUAGCUAGCAUAGCACAAAGAUAGCAUUUCUGUGUGAACCUGCUAAGCACAACCACGUCCAAGAGUCAGCAGGUUAACCUUUAAACUGAAUUAUCAGGAAACUGUCCUUUUUUGGUUGUAUAAAACGGUUUUGUAGCAUGUUGCUAUAUCAGGUGUUGAAUUUACAGUGGGCACUAAUUGCUAACAGUCUUCCAAUGGUACCGAAAAACACCACAGAGUUUAUAUGUUCUUGUUUGUGUGAGGUGAUAAAGGACGUUUUAUUUCUAAGUUAUGCCGACGACGUCCUCAUCGAUUUCUCAGAAUAUGAACCUGCAUUUAUUUUUUCCCUCGUUUGUUUGGUCAAUCAAUGUUUGAACUUCAAAAUUAUAAAUAUCUGACCUCAAUGACUCGCAAUGCAGUGCAAUGCAUUUGAGUCCGAUUUUUAUUUUUGUGUUGUGUUACAUUCCUAGUGAAUUUUAUGUGAUAUCUGAAAUUAAAGGUGGGAAGUCAAGGACACAUCUGUCCUGUGUUGGUAAAAUGUUUACGAAGCAAAAUAGUCGAGGUAUAGGUAUAGUGCCUAAUAAACUGAGAAAUGGGUAAAAAUGAUAAGAUAUAUUUAAAUUUGAAAUUAUUUUUUUUGCUAAAUAAAAAGCUAAAAAUGACUAAACUAAAGAAAUGUUGUUAAAUAUAAAAGUUCUGUUUGGUUUUAUACUUACUAAUUUAUUCUCAAUGAUUUUACUGUUAGUUAUUUAUUUUUACUAUUUAACAUAUAUCAACUUGUCAUUUUUUGAUACUUGCUAUUGCACUUUUCUCAAAUUGUCUUAUUUAUCUGUCUAUUUAAAGUAAACUACAGUGUUUCUUUGUCUGUUCUUUGUAUAUGACCACGAAAAAAACCCGACUGUACAGACUCAGAGUCCACUUGUUAUAAUAUUCCUUAUGUAGCAUUGAUUUGGAUUGAA